AUGAACGUGGAAAUCGACACGACGGUGCCGGACGGAACCUUCGAUAAGCUGGUGGAGAAGAACCGCGACAGACUGGACGAGUCGCCACUCUACGAAGAGAUCAGCGACGAGGCGACGCCGAUGGAGCAGAACGACCUGGAGGACUUCUUCAGCGACAACGGCAAGCCGAACCCGAAGGCCAUGCGCACGCCGGACGAUUUCCGGUCGGAGUACGACGAGUACUCGGACCACAGCGAGAGCAUGACGCCGGUGAGCGGCAGCGAGGCCGAGGAGGAGGACGAAGAGAAGCCGGCACCGAAGAAGGGCAAGAAGGCGCCGAAGGACGAGGAGGACGAGAGCUACAGCGAGGAUCUGCCCGAGGAAAAGCCGGCGAAGGGCAAGAAGCAGGCGGCGAAGAAGCGAGGCAUGAGCGAGAGCGAAGAGGAGGAGGGCAGUGGCGAGGAGUUCUUCGACGAGGAGGACGAGGAUGUGCCCAAGAAGGGCAAGAAGAUCCCGCCUCCCAAGCCUGCCAAGGGCAAGAAGGCGCCCAAGGAGAUGGAAGAGUCCGAGGAGCCUGAGGAUGACGACGAGUUUAUCGAAGACAUGCCCGACGAUUUCAUCCAGGAUGACGAUGUCCCGCCUCCCAAGCCUGCGAAGGGCAAGAAGCUGCCUCCCCCUCCACCCAAGAAGGGAAAGAAGGCGCCCAAGGAUGUGGAAGAGUCCGAGGAACCUGAAGAAGACGAGGAGGAAGACAUGCCUGCUCCUCCCAAGAAGGGUAAGAAGAUUCCGCCUCCUCCUCCGAAGAAGGGCAAGAGAUCUCCGAAGGAUGUGGAUGAGUCGGAAGAGCCUGAAGAUGACGACGAGUUUAUCGAAGACAUGCCCGACGAUUUCAUCCAGGACGAGGACGUGCCUCCUCCCAAGAAGGGAAAGAAGAUUCCGCCUCCCAAGCCCGCCAAGGGAAAGAGAUCCCCGAAGGAUGUGGAAGAGUCGGAAGAGCCUGAAGAAGACGAGGACGAAGACAUGCCUGCUCCUCCUAAGAAGGGCAAGAAGAUCCCGCCUCCCAAGCCUGCCAAGGGCAAGAAGGCGCCCAAGGAGAUGGAAGAGUCGGAAGAGCCUGAAGAAGACGAUGAGUUUAUCGAAGACAUGCCCGACGAUUUCAUCCAAGACGACGAUGUCCCGCCUCCCAAGCCUGCGAAGGGCAAGAAGCUGCCUCCCCCUCCACCCAAGCCCGCCAAGGAACAGGCCGAGGGCAGAUCGAAGUCUCCACGUAGAGGAGGCCGCAGACGAAACUAA